CAAGUGUCUGUUUAUCGCAAAGUAAACUUCAAAAGAUUUAAAGAUGGCGGACACCGCGAAUGACGGUGAUAAUCGUGUAGAAGCAAAUGUAUCAAGUGAAAUGGAAAAUCCACAAGAAAACGGCCAAGUUGCCGUCGUAGAUGAAAAUCCAGAGAGAGACAUCAAUGCUGAAAUCGACGCCCAAAGACAAAAAUAUCAACCAACAAAAUGGGAAUCAUUCUUAGCAGUAUUUAAAUCACUUAUCAUUAGGUCAUUGAUUAUAUAUUUUAUCACGUCAUUCUUCCGAAGACCAGCUGCAGAUCCUGCGACAUCAGCAGCAACAACCGAUGGCGUUGUUCCAAAGUAUCCAGCAGUCAAUGUCUACGAUAAUGGGACAUUAUUUGACUUGUAUGUAUUUUUAUCCGAGGCGGAAGUUUUCAAUUCGUUUGAAGAUUCAAAAGCGCUGAUAUGGCAAGAAAAGGGUUUGGUGUACGGCGACUGGACAAGUGGACCCAAUCAUGACGGCACUCGUUUCUUUAGCCACAAAUUUGAAGCAUCGAAUCAACUGAAAAACAAUGGCUCGAUUUAUUUACACAUUUACACCACAAAGGCGGGAAAAUCGAUAAAUCCAAAGGAUGGGAAAGAACUUUAUUCGGCGACUCACGUGUGCUAUACUAAAAAAAUGGUAAAUAAAUUCAAAAAGAUAAAAUAUCAAAAGCGGCACAAUUUAUUGACUGGACAGACAACUGCCAGUGAAGAAGAAAUAAAAAAAGCCGAGCUGAUGGACCAGGAAAUAGUGUCCCACUGGCAUCCUAAUUUAACAAUUAACCUCGUGACAGAUCAAACCAACUGGGUGUCAGGGCAAGUUCCGCCUCCAUUGAAUGAAUACAUUGAAUUUAUACAGGGAGGCUCGUUCUACAAGCCACCGAUUUAUGUAAAUGAUUUUUGGAACAUGCAGCGCGAUUAUCAGCCGCUAAAUGACACCGUAAAGGAACUGGAAUUGCAACUCACUUACCAGCCACUGUCCCUGUUCAAGUGGCAGCUGUACUCGGCGCAAAAUAUGAGGAAUAAAUGGACCUCGUCGUUCAUGGGAGACGUCGCUGAUGAAGAUGACAGCGAUCAGGACACUCUGAAAGAAACAAUCCUCGAAACAAAUCCCUACUUACUGGGAAUGACCAUUUUCGUUUCGAUUUUGCACAGCGUCUUUGAAUUUCUGGCAUUUAAAAAUGAUAUUCAAUUCUGGAAUAAUAGAAAAUCAUUGGAAGGUUUGUCAGUACGUUCAGUCUUUUUCAACGUCUUUCAAUCCCUGGUCGUGCUGCUCUACGUCCUGGACAACGAGACCAACACUCUGAUCCGUCUGAGCUGCGGUAUCGGACUGUGUAUUGAAAUCUGGAAGAUCAACAAAGUCGUGGACAUCAGUUUAGACAGGAGCAGAAAAAUUCUAGGAAUAUUUCCCAGCGUGUCCUUCCGCGACAAGGGAUCAUAUGUCGAGAGCUCGACCAAAGAAUACGACAGACUCGCUUUCAAAUAUCUAUCCUGGGCUCUGUAUCCUCUUCUCGGCGGAUACGCGAUUUACUCAUUGAUGUAUUUAGAGCACAAAGGCUGGUACUCGUGGGUACUCAAUAUGCUCUACGGUUUCUUGCUGACAUUCGGGUUCAUAAUGAUGACGCCGCAAUUAUUUAUAAAUUACAAAUUAAAAAGCGUAGCUCAUCUUCCCUGGCGCAUGUUGUCCUACAAAUUUUUAAAUACAUUCAUCGACGACAUAUUUGCUUUCAUUAUUAAAAUGCCGACGCUGUAUCGACUAGGUUGUUUCCGUGACGACAUAGUCUUCUUUAUAUUUUUAUAUCAGCGAUGGAUCUACAAAACCGAUCUGUCGAGAGUUAACGAGUUCGGUUACUCGGGCGAAAUGGAAGCGGAUCAGGCUUCGAAAAAACAAGUCGCUGUUGCGAGUACGAAAGAUAAAGUCAGUAAGAAAACUGAUUAAUUUUAUGUACGAUAAUAAUCUCUUUAAAUACGUAUUAAAUUAAUUAAUUCAAAUAGAUUUUAUAAUUAAUUUUCAUUAUAACUUUGUCGUACCAAAGUACAAAAUCUAGAUCAAUUACGUCAUUUAUUUUUUUUUUAAUUCUUUCAUUAACUUUUUUUUUUAAUUCAAUUUAAUUAAACCCGCGGUAUUAAUAUUUCUAUAUGUCUGCCAGAGUACAUAUUAAUUUCCAGGAUAAAAAUGUCGACGUGUAGAUAAAAAUGCGUUGAUUUUUACACAAAUAAAAAUAUAUAUAUAUAUAGAAAAAAAAAA